ACAGCGCGGUCCCGUCCGCCUUCAGUCGCCAGACAGCGAGGACAUCUGAACUAAACGGGCGUCACUGACCCUUAAGAAAACGGCCAAAUCAGAAUCCCUCCUUGGUUGAUUUUUUUAAUUCUUCGGUGAUUACACUAGAAAGGACGGUUCACCUCAAAUGCGUUUUGAAAAAUACUUAUUGUAGCCUUUUUCACUUUUUAGUCCUCAUGCUUCUGAUAGGAGCAUUGAAGAAAUCGAAAGAGAGAAGUUUCGAAAGACACUGGUGCCAAAUGGAGACGGAGACUCCGACCUAACUGCAAAGCUGAGGCUUUCCAAGAAAAAGGGGCCCCACAUACUCGACCAAGGCUCCAAGUUUCAGAAGCUCCACACCAGGCCCAGCCCGAAGCUCCAAGCUCGCCCGCACCCUGACCCGCCCGCGGCCCCCGGCCCCGCCGACGCCGCUCCCGGGGCCCCGCGCCGGCCGGCAAGUGACUUUGCAAAGCUGCAUUUCUGCGUCCAUACCCUACUGAGCCCUCCGGAAGCACCAAGCCAGAGGCCAGGACACAAGAAACGAAGUCGACGAGCUCCUGCCGCCUCGGCUACGCGGAGGGCCUUGGCGCCCCUUCCCUACCUGAAGGUGGUCAGCGAAAAGCUGUACCCGCGCUCCGCCAUCUUCGCCCGGGGAGCCGACGCACGCCCGGACGCACGCGCACUGCGGCCGGCGCCUCUCCAUUUCCCCGCCCCUCGCUUUCCCUUCUCUCUCUCUGAUUGGAGGACAGUUCAAGCCAUUCCGGGAAUAGGGGGCGUUCCGGGAGCCGGGUUUGUCCGCCUCUGUACGUGUGUGUGCGCAUGCUCGGAGCGGCGGGGAAGAUGGCGUCGGCGGUGCUGGUGCUGGUGGUUGCGGCACGCCCGGCAGCCCAGGGACUGCUUCGAAACUGGUGGCAGCGAUUGCGACGGCAGCUUCAGCGGAACCGGCCAGGCAUUCCCGGUCCUCCGUGGGGACCAGCAUUAGCAGUCCAGGGUCCAGCCGUAUUCACAGAGCAAGCAAAUGAUACCAGUGGAAGCAAGGCAAAUUCCAGCCUUUUGGAUAGUAUCUUUUGGAUGGCAGCUCCCAAAAAGAGACGCAGCAUUGAAGUUAACCGGUGUAGGAGAAGAAACCCUCAAAAGCUUAUUAAAGUUAAGAACAAUAUAGAUAUUUGUCCUGAAUGUGGUCACCUGAAACAGAAACACGUACUUUGCGGCUAUUGCUAUGAGAAGGUACGCAAGGAGACUGCAGAAAUCAGACGACAGAUAGGGAAACAAGAAGGGGGGCCUUUUAAGGCUCCCACCAUAGAGACUAUGGUGCUGUACACGGGAGAGACACCAUCUGAACAGGAUCAGGGAAAGAGGAUCAUUGAACGAGACAGGAAGCGACCAUCCUGGUUUACCCAGAAUUGACACCAAUGAUGUUUAAAGAAGAUAACUUCACAGUAAAACGUUUCGCCUGAAAGAGAGGAAAAUUCUUUGUUUUCAUGUUGUUGCUGUGCUUCUUUUUAAAUCAUAAAUGUAGUUUAAGCUAUUCCUUCCUUAUAAGCAGUUAGGUUUGUGUGGGAUAAUUUGAAUAUAUCAUGACUAAACUCUGAAAAUGUUUGUUUAUGCAAAGGCUCAAUGGAUUAAUAUAUCUGUUUCUACCACACUGUAACGUUUUAAGUAAACAUAAAAUUUGCAGAAUAAUAAUAAAUCAAAAGAUUUAAAAUUCAAA